AUGUUGGAGAAGCGAGCUUGCCGUAGAGAGACCCAAAGAUUACCGGCGUUGCAAAGGCUGAGUCCCCAAAUCCGUUGCAGUAAGGAAGUGGCGAUGCCAGCGCCUAGAAUGAUGGCCCCAGCGCCGAUGAACAAAAAGCUAGCAAGACUUACUGCUACCCCACUGUCCCCAGAGAUCGAGAGCACGCUACUCCUUGCCGGAUUCCACCAACCUAAGUUCACGUUAUACGAUGGCAAAACUGAUCCGUACAUACACGUGAGUCAUUAUCGGCAAGUAAUGGUUGGCCACCGACGCAAUGACGUCUUCAUGUGUCUCAUAUUCCCUGCAAGUUUGGAAAAACUGGGCCUGAAGUGGUUCGAGAGACUCUCGAAGGGGAGCAUUGAGGGGUGGCAACAACUAGCAAAAGCCUUUGUCACGAGAUUCAAGACCAAUACUCGAAUACCGAAGGAGGUCGACCACUUCUUGAGCAUUGAGAUGGAGUCCGGAGGUUCUUUGAAGGCAUACAAUGCCAAGUAUUGGGAAACCUACACUGAGAUCCUCGAUUGUCCCACCAAUCUGGCGAUCAUUCAAUACAAGCGAGGUUUUCCAGUCGGGCAUAGGUUGCAAGACUCGCUCAUGAUGCAUCAGCCCACAACUAUGGAAUCUUUAAUGCAGCGGAUUAAUGAGCAUAUCUGA